UUGAGGAAUCAGCAUCCAGAACGGUGAUAGAUCUUCAGGGCACUAUCAAAGGUAACAAGGCGUUCUAUCAGGCGGGGCCUUAUCUCGGCUCCGAGGCCCAGAGGCCGCACUCCUCUAUCCGCUCACUCUGCUGGCAACCCCCGAGGACCGGCGCCGGUGUCCCCGAGCCCUCUGGGAAGUGGAGUCCUUCCGCCCGGACCCCCGACCCGGCGCUGUCGCCUCCAAGUGCGCAGAUGCGACUCCAGAAGGAGCGGCGUCGAGCUCGAGCCUUUUGUGUCCCCGCGCUACGUGGGUCUGGCAGGCGGCCCCGCCCGCUCCUCCCGCCGCCCGGCAGAGCGCAGCCCACUCGGACCCAGCCCUGUGGACAGAGCCCGGCCAGGAGCAGGUCCGGGGGUAAGUGAACGCGGGGGCACCGCCCGUCCGUGCGCGUGGCUCGAACGCUCCCGGCGUUGCCCCAGAGGCCUUUCAGGUUCCGGCCGCGGGGGAAAAAGCGGGGCUGCCCCAGUUUCCCGCCCGACCGCGGGCGCCGGGCGCGCUCCUGAGGGGUCUCCAGUCCGGGCGCGCGCGACUAUCCGGGCUCCGCUCUGAGCUCGGGGUCCGCGGGGGCGGGGCCGCCGCUAAGGCCUCUGGGAAGUGGAGUCCGCUCGCGGAGGAUUCUGGGAGCCGGCGUGUGGCGGGCGGAGGACUCGGGCUAGCCACACGGGGGAGCGCGAGCGCCUGACGCUGCGCUGGGCGGUCAGCCUUUUCCCUCCGCCAGAGUGGAGGCGUUCUGAACCUGUGCGGCCUGUGUCUUGCUCAUCGGAGUUUUGGGGUCUGCCUGUACUGGGGGGCCAUUGUCAGCAGCAGUUUGCCUCAGAAUGUGCAAGGAGCCCACGGCUUGUACUUUUCAGGGUCUUAAAAAGCGAAUGAGGAAUCUGAACCAUAAGGCUCCCAUUUACAGCUUUGUGUUUAUGAAUAUGAAGGAGGAACCAACUGUGAUGCCUGCUUAAAGUUAUUGCUACCAUAAUGACAGGCCACCUUCUUGCUACUUUUGUGCUUUAGAGUUAUGUGGGAGGUAUUUCUGUGCUUCCCCUGCCCCCUUCUUGUUUUUGCGAUGCUGGGAAUAAUCGAACCCAGGGCCUUAAGCUUGCUAGGCAGGUGCUCCACCAUUGAGCUGCACCCUUAGCUCUCAGGCAUUUCUGAAAGUAGGUGUGUGACUCAGGCCCAGAGCUUACUGCCCUGAUUCCCUCCUAGUGUUUUCUUGAUACUCCAGAGGAUGGUUUUUCAGUCGUGGAGAUUAAUUUACUCCAAUAAUAAAGAUUCCAAGCCAAGUUGAAUUAUAUAUGAGCAUUAGACUUAAAUGCAUAGGAAUGAAUUUAUUGGGACUGGAGAUAGAGGGAGAUGCUACAGGGAGCAGGAAUCAGUUCUAGAGGAAGCCACACCUGACUUCAAAAUCUCUCUCGAGUUUCACAGCAGAGUUGGGUGAUUUACACAAAGAAGCAGGUUAUAUAUUGCUGAAAAGUCCAUUUUCAUCUCAUCGGAAACAGUACAUACUGAGAAAGAAAUAGCAGGACAAGUAAGAAAAACAUGGAUUAUCUGACCAUUGAAGUUGAGCCAGCAGCCAUGACUACUGAUGUUUCUCUACCCCAAAAACAGAGCACAGAAGAAACGGAACCUACUGUUGAACUUCUUCCUGUUGAGUUUCAGGAAUUGAUGACAGUCAAAGAUGAGGAAAUGGACUUCACACAUGAAGAGCUGGAACAGCUGAAUUCUGCCCAUAGGUACAUGGGCCUGGAUAUGAAGGUGGAGAAUUAUGGGAACCUGGUAUUUUGGGAUUCUGAAUCUCUGCCUGAAACUAAAGAGCUUCUUUCAAAGCAGGAAGUUUAUGAAGAAGAGUCACCUGAGAGGAAACUGGUAAUAGAAAGACUGAAAAAGGAUGACGCCUGGGGCUCCACGUUGUUGGAAGCCUGGGAACGCGAGCACACGUUAGAAAGGCACCCCGGAAAUCAGGAGAAACCUUUACGGCCGGUCAUAAUCAAACGCAGGGGAAAGCUUGCCGAGCAUUAUCGUGAGAUGGGGGAAAGUUCCAACCCAGUUAAACAGCGGAAAGUUUACCGGGUGAAAAGGCCAUGGGUGUGCGAUGCAUGUGGGAAGUCCUUCAGCUACUGCUCAGCCUUUAUCUUACAUCGGAGGAUCCACACUGGAGAGAAGCCCUACACGUGCAGUGAGUGUGGAAAGGCCUUUAGCCGGAGCUCGUCACUCAUCCAGCACCAGAGGAUUCACACUGGAGAGAAGCCCUACGAGUGCAGCGACUGUGGGAAAGCCUUCAGCCACCGCUCGGCCCUCAUUCAGCAUCACAUCAUUCACACCGGAGAAAAGCCCUACGAGUGCAACGAGUGUGGGAAGGCCUUCAACCAAAGCACGUACCUCAUUCAGCACCACAGAAUACACACUGGAGAGAAGCCCUAUAAAUGUAAGGAAUGUGGAAAAGCUUUCAACGACACCUCUUCCCUCAUUAAGCACCAGAGGGUUCAUACUGGAGAGAAACCCUACGGCUGUAAAGAGUGUGGGAAAGCCUUCAGUGACCGGUCAGGCCUCAUUCAACAUCAGAGAACUCAUACAGGGGAAAAACCAUAUGAAUGUAGUGAAUGUGGGAAAGCCUUUAGUUACUGCUCAGCUCUCAUCCAGCACCAAGGAACCCACACGGGGGAAAAACCUUACAAAUGUACUGAGUGUGGGAAAGCUUUUAGUGACCGGUCGGCUCUUGUGAGGCAUCAGAGAAUUCACACUGGAGAGAGACCUUACAAAUGUCAAGAAUGUGAGAAAGCCUUCAGCCAGAGCUCAUCCCUUACAAAGCACCUGAGAACUCACACUGGAGAGAAACCAUAUAAAUGCAACACUUGUGAGAAAGCUUUCAGCCAGAGCUCAUCUCUUAUUCAACACCAGAAAAUUCACACAGGAGAAAAGCCCUACAAAUGUAAUGACUGUGGAAAGUGUUUCCGUCAACUUGCCUAUCUUGUUGAACAUAAGAGGAUUCAUACCAAAGAAAAACCCUAUAAAUGUGGAGAAUGUGAAAAAACUUUUAGUCAGAAUUCAACCCUUAUUCGACAUCAGUUAAUCCAUAGUGGAGAAAAACCACAUAAGUGCCUUGAAUGUGGAAAAGCCUUUGGUCGGUUUUCCACCCUUAGGAGCCAUCAGCAGAUUCACAGUAAACGGAACUCUCAUAAGUGCAGUGAAUGUGGACAGUGCUUUGGUCGGAAUAUGGAUCUCACUCAGCACCAGAGAAUCCAUUCCAAGGAGGCAUUCUUUGAAUGUACAGAAUGUGGAAAAACUUUUAGUUUCAAGACAAAUCUUAAUCGACAUGAGAUCAUUCACACUGGAAAGAGACCUUACAGAUGUGACAUGUGUGGUAAAUCUUUCAUUUGGCGAACAAGCUUUAUUAAGCAUCAGGGUACUCACAAAGAACGGGUAUCUACAUGAUAGUAUUGGAAGAACUGUCAUUUAAAGAUCAGAACUUACCAUCUAGUCCAAGUAUAUAUAACAAGUUUCAUGAAAUGUAAUAAACAGAACUGAAGUGGUUUUCCUAUGCGUGCUUUAUUUUCCUGCUGUAGCCAAGAAUUACAGCCAGGCACGGUGGGGCAUGCCUGUAAUCCUAGUAGCUUGGGACGCACCAGCAGGAGAAUCACAAGUUCAGAGCUAGCCUUGGCAACAUAGUGAGGCCAUUAGCAACAAGUGACACCCUGACUCAAAAUUAAAAAAUAAUAACUGGAGAUGUGGCUCAUGGUUAGAUGCCCCUAGAUUCAGUCCCUGGUACCAAAAAGAAAAAAAGAAGAAAUAGCAGAGUUGGUACGUAGCUCAGGAGUUGUGUGUACUUAGCAUGUAUGAAGCUAUAGGUUUAAUCCCCAGCACCACACAAAAAAGACAAGAGAGGUAUUAAAAAUUGUUAAAGUUUUUGGAUAUGAGGAUUCCUCAAAAAAAAAAGCUAAAACUUAUAAUCUAUAAACUAAAAUUAGAAUGUUUCUAGACUCUACUGAGUUGUUGGUUUUUGUUUGUUUGGUUUUUUGUACUGGGGAUUGAACUCAGGGACGCUUAACCACUGAGCCACAUCCCCAUCCCUUUUUAUAUUGUAUUUAGAGACAGGGUCUCACUGAGUUGCUUAAGGUCUUGCUAAGUUGCUGAGGCUGGCUUUUAACUUGUGAUCUUCUUGCCUCAGCCUCCUGAGCCACUGGGAUUAUAGGUAUGUGCUACUCACCAGGCUGUCUACUAAGUUCUAAGUUGGUGUUUGUAGCAGAUGCUUUUGGUGCCCUGUCCCUGUCCUUGUGACCUCACCCCUUCUUGUGCUUCAUAUAACUUGCAGUGUCAUCUUUUUGCCUGGAGGGUAUAAUGCAUCCUGCAUGCAACCCUCAACCAGUCAUUGACAGAAAUGUAGUACAUAUCAGAUUCCCCCUCUUCCCCUGGGUGGAAUAUCGCUGGAGCUGGAGCGUUUGUUUUGUUUCAGGUUUCCCCAUGGAAUUAGAACUACUCCUGUUAUUAUUAGCUAGCUGUCUUCCCCUCAGUCUUCCACCAGUUUUAACAUCUCCCCACAAAUAACUUGCUACACUCACAAAGUAUCCAGAGCCUUGAGGAGCCACAUUUGUGUUUCCAGUUGCUCCCAGGGACAAGUUAAAUAGAUUGAGCUGACUGUAGUAGUCUCCCUAGAGCUCAUCAAUAAAAGAAUCCAUUUGAAAUUAUUUUGAUAUCUUAAACACAGACCUAGGCCUAUGUUAAAAAUUGUGGCUGUUUAUGCCCUCUUAGUCCUCAAAUCCCUGCUUCAUUUUGUUUUCUUGCCUCUGCCAAUUCCAUGGCUUCAUAUCUAGCAUAUAAAAUAAAAAUCUUAAAAAGUUCUAGUGAGAAUGAGAUACCACUUUGGAACAUUUAACUAUUUAAGUGAAAGAUCACUGAACUUUGUGCUAUUUUUUAAAGAGUUGACAUUCCUAUAUGGAAUAUAUCUCUCCUGUACAUCUUGUCAUUAAGGAUGGAAAGUCAAAACUGAGAAUUCUGCACAGCUCUUGCUAAAAUAACUGUCUUUAAGCACUCCCCCAUAUUUUAUUUGCUUCUUGACAGACACUAAUCUGUCCAAUUCAGUAUGAAGGUAAUUAACUUAUUGCUUCUUUGGGUCAUUUUCUUAUGAAAAUUCUUGAAGUAUGUAAAAUUUGUAUUAAAUGAAUUUAUAUCCUGUUAAUCUGUCACUAAUUCUUGGGCUCAUUUGGGAUCCUAAGAGGAUGCAGGUGGAAUUUUGCUGUGCCCGCAAAAGUAAGUGGCACCCCAUAAUCUUGGGAACUCAUCCCUUUGUGGGAGGAAAAGUUUGAUUGUAUAUUGGGCUCAAAAAUACCUAAUCAGUAUUUUUAUACUGGCCAACAUGAACUGGAAGAGAAAAAGUUUGCCAAAGUGCAUAUUCCUAAGCAAAAUAAAGUUGAGACUUCAGACUGAGUAAGAAAUAAGCCAAUGAAUAAGUUCCCUUUACCACCACCCUGGGAGAUGGGGGCCUAAUAAUAGCAUUUCCAAGCCUGAGCGCACAACAGACUGGUCCAAGUUGCUAAGUCCAUUCUGUUCAGGUACACAAACCAACAGCUUUAAGCAGAGGCAUAAAACAGGACCCAGGAAUAACAUAAGAUAGGCUUAGUGCCAGCUCUGUCACAAGGAGGCUAUGCAGACUGCACUCUUCAAUAUGGUAGCCAUUGGUCAUGUGAGGAUGUUUACUCAUUAAAGUUAAAACUAAAACCUAAGCUCCUCAAUAGCCACAUUUUAAGGUCAGCACAGAUACAGAAUAUUCAUGCUGCAGCAAGGUAUACUUGAUAGCAGUAGCAGGGAGGACCCAAGGAUUUCUUGUGGAGAAAUGGGUAUGAAAACAGGAGCUUUUUAAUGUUGCUUCUGUUUACAAUUAAGUUACAUGACCCUUUGAAAAGGCCUCUAUAAAAUGAGAACAUUUCAGUAGAAUUCCUGGACACAGGAGGGAGAGGUAAAAAUGGUGUAGGAGCCUUCCUGAACUAACUUACUUGGAGAAAGGAAUCCCAUCUCAAGAGGACUCAGAGUGUGAGGUUAGCUUUACCACCUUUCCUAAGAAGCUAGACAGAUGCCAACCUGAGAGUUCAGGUUGGCAGCUGGAUGUGGCAACAACUGUAACUGCAGCAACUUAGGAGGAU